AUGGCUGGUCUCUCGCAGUCAUCCUCUGCAGACACCACCACCACCACCACCACCACGAACGGCAUUCCCAAUCCGCCCGUCGAUCCUGUCGCCAGCGCCCACGAAGUCGAGGACGACAAUGAGUACCAAGUCCUCCCCGAAGAACACCUUGCCUUCGACGAAGCACUCCUUCCUGGCGGAGUCCGCGACCUCUCUUACAUCGGUGUUCAAGCAUUCGGCUUAGGCAAUGCUUUCACGGGCACAAUCGUCCUAACAGCCUAUCUCGUCAGCAUUGGCUCAACAUGGUGGAGACUGCCAGCCUUCCUCGUUUGCCUCAGCAUCUUCCACUUCCUCGAGUACUGGACUACAGCCCGCUACAAUGCUCCCUCCUGCAAAGCCUCGAGUUUCCUCCUCUUCAGCAACGGGGCCGCAUACAACAUAGCGCACAGCUGUGCAACAUUGGAAAUCGUUGUCAGUCAGUUCUUCCCUGUCUACCAAAAGACCGGAGUGUACGCCAUCACGAUCCUGGCUGGCGUUGUGCUUGUGCUUGUUGGGCAGGUGGUGAGGACGAUUGCUAUGUGUCAGGCGGGCACGAACUUCAAUCACAUUGUGCAGGGCAAGAAGAAGGACGACCAUGAGCUGGUCACUGAUGGUAUAUACUCGUACUUUAGACAUCCGAGUUACUUUGGCUUCUUUUGGUGGGCGGUUGGGACGCAGGUCUUGGUGGGGAACAAGGUGUGUUUAGUGGGCUAUGUCAUUGUGCUGUGGCAGUUCUUCAACGACAGAAUCAGGGGCGAGGAGAAGUACCUCAUCUCGUUUUUUGGAGAGAAGUACGAGGACUUCAAGAAGAGGACAGGGACCAAGAUACCCUUCAUUCGAUGA